AUCACACUCAAUGACAUACUGACGACUUCUGUUUUACCCGUGCUUGUUACUGUUAGAUAACUAGCAGCUUCAAGCAGAAACAAAGAUGCUGAGCUUAAUACGAAUUCUCUACGCAAUUAUAUGUAUUUUUUCCUGCAUGAUUGGCCUGACGUUUUUGAUUGUGUUUGACAUGAGUUUCUCCGUGCUGGGUGUUGUAUUGAGGAACAACUUCAACUUUAAGUACAGGAACCCUUCAGUGUUGGUCCCAAUCUGGUUCAACAUAGCCGACGACCUCUACUUCAACGAGUGGUCGAAGGAGAUGAGUAGGUCUACGUUCGUUAUGUUUAUCAUCCCAGUCGUCGAAGGCAUCUUCGGCUUUCUUCUCAUCUUCUUCCUCAAGUUCUGGAUCUCGGCAGUCAUGAGUGUGAUGGGGAUACUGGGCAUCAUAGCACAGAGCUACUUCUUCGCUCAACUCAGGGACCCAAACGGAAGGGUCCACUCUGCUGCCCGCGACGCCCUGAAGCUGGUCAUCAGACGCAGCUACCAACUUUUGCCCGGGAACUCAGCCACGGCCGCCUUCAACGCUCUCAUGAUCAUGGGCAAAUGUUGCGGCAUUGAAGGCCCCAAGGACUUCGUCAAAGACCAGCUCCAGUUCAGCCUGAUCCAAGGGCAGAACCCGCUGCUCCACUUCACACGACCCAGUUGGAUCCCCUCCACCUACAAGGUCGUCGUCCCCAAGGUCACCUUCAGCAGCUCCUUCAAGGUUCCCCCUGCUUGCUGUGACACGGUUGUAUUUAAGAGUGACAACGAGACCCAGCGGUUCUAUGAGGUCGUGGGGUGCGCCUCCACAGACGACUCGCCCUAUAUCAAUCAGGAGGGGUGCUACAUGCAUUAUUUCUUGUGGUUUUUUCGCAGUGAAUUCAAUGUGGCUUACGUUUUAUGCUUGACCAUCGGGCUGGCUUGGACGUGUCUGGGUAUUUUGAUUGGUGUUCAGGUCAUGAGAAGUCAUCUCUCAUAAGUCGUGACGCAUGCUCGAUGUGAUUCAUGAUGGAUCUGACGCUGGACUGACGCAUGCUGGAUGUGAUUCAUGCUGGAUGUGACGCUUGACUGACGCACGCUGGAUGUGACGCUGGACUGACGCACGCUGGACUGACGCACGCUGGAUGUGACGCUGGAUGUGACGCUGGAUGUGACG